UCUGGCAGUGGUAUCCUGAGUCACAGGCUGAGUGUACGAAGGGGCACUGCAUGCAGUUUGGGUGAGACAUUCGUUUUAUAUUCCCACAGUGCCUUGCGCGCCCCACCCUGUGACUACUGUGCCUAAAUUUAUCUGCGAAGGUACAAGUCCGUUUCAACACAAGGAUACAUAAAAAUCUGGUGCCGUUCUUCGUCCGAAAUGUGUGUCUGAGGAAUAGUGAGAAGGCCGUGCUAGGUCUCACAGGUGUCAGUGGAUCGUGCAUAUAUCACUGGGACGAGCGCCGGUGUCACCGGUGUGCGCCGUCCGUGGUCGACCCCCAUCGGAUGGCUAUGGGCUGUUUUGGAGGCAACAAGCAGGACGCUGAAGACGAGAAAUGGAGAAAAGAGACGAAUAAAAAAAUUGAAAAACAGCUACAGAAGGAUAAACAACUUUAUCGAGCAACGCACAGGCUUUUAUUGUUAGGUGCUGGAGAAUCAGGGAAGAGCACCAUUGUGAAACAGAUGAGGAUCUUGCACGUGGAUGGCUUCGACGAAACAGAAAAGAAAGAUAGGCUUCAAGAUAUACGGAAGAAUAUUAGGGAUGCAAUUCUUACUAUUACUGGGGCGAUGAGUUCGUUAAACCCACCUAUACAGCUCGGCGAUGAAAGCAAUCAUGACUGCUUUGACUACAUACAAGAUGUUGCUAGUCAACCCGACUUUGAGUAUUGUGAUGAGUUCUGGGAGCACACAGCGCGGCUAUGGAUGGACACGGGAGUCCAGGCCGCCUUCGAGCGAGCAAACGAAUACCAACUCAUCGACUGUGCUAAAUAUUUUCUUGACAAAACCGAUGUCAUUAAGGAACCAACCUACUUGCCAACUGAACAGGAUAUCCUAAGAUGUCGUGUUUUGACGUCAGGAAUCUUCGAAACUAGGUUUCAAGUAGACAAAGUUAACUUUCACAUGUUCGACGUGGGAGGACAGCGCGAUGAGAGGAGAAAGUGGAUCCAGUGUUUCAACGAUGUGACGGCCAUCAUCUUCGUGACAGCCUGCAGUAGCUACAAUAUGGUUCUGCGUGAGGACUCGAAAACCAACCGGCUCAAGGAGUCCCUCGAUCUUUUCAAAAGCAUCUGGAUAAAUAGGUGGCUGCGGACUGUUUCCGUGAUACUUUUUCUCAACAAGCAGGACUUGCUAGCAGAAAAGGUCAAGGCUGGAAAGUCGAAGGUCGAGGACUUUUUUCCCGAGUAUAUAAGUUACAAGACGCCACCUGAGUCAACUGCCGAGCCGGGGGAAUACCCUGCUGUUGUCAGAGCCAAAUACUUUAUUCGUGAUGAAUUCUUGAGGAUCAGCACGGCGAGCGGGGACGGCAAGCAUUACUGCUACCCGCACUUCACGUGCGCGGUCGACACGGAGAACAUCCGGCGGGUGUUCAACGACUGCCGCGACAUCAUCCAGCGUAUCCACCUGCGGCAGUACGAGCUGUUGUGAUGCCAGCCGUGACGUCACACCACAGCCGUCGUGAUAUCUUCAUCAUCCACUGUGCUAUGACAACCACGUUCGCCACCGACGCCUGCCGCCUCCCUCUUCUUCACACGCACUGCACCGCGCGCGCGGCGCUUGUUUUCCUUGGGGAGGUCGAGGGGUUAAGAGAACGGCAGCGUGGCGCCCUCACGGUGCGAGAAGGGGCGAAGGCUCGGCCGCGUUUCACUGGUGCGUUUUGUACUUGUUCUUUGCCGAGGCGGUCAGUGAGGUAUUGAGGUCUAGUCUUAGGUAUAAUCAUUUUUGUUACGAUGCUUUAAACCCGGUAUGUGUUUUGUACAGCUACUGUGUCCCAUCGUUUUGUUUAGCAUGCGUCGUUUGCUGGGAAGUUGUUGCCACGAUUACCACCAGAGCGUUGGUUAUAAUCGGCAUGCCCCCAGAGUUGCGCUGCUGCUGUAUCGUAGUGCGAUCUGUAGGUUUAUAGAUGUAGUCUGAAGCUCGCUAUGGCUGCGAUUGUGAAUGUGCAGCUGUGUGGUGACAGGGUUGUCCACCAGGUGGCGCCCUAUGCUGGGUUGCAAUUUGAUCGCCUCCGCACGGGGUAAUCGCGACUUUCCGUCGCGCGGGAAGACCAGAAAAUCUUCGAUGGCUUGCAGCGUGCCGAUCAGUGAUCAUUCACGUGCUUGCUUAAGCAGUAUGUAGUGUCAACUGUCACCUAGCUUGUAGUGUCACGUCCCGUGUAAGGUGGGCUGGGGACAUACCCUCCCUGGUCCACCGAUUACACAAUCGCAGUUCAUUGUCCCAGGUUUCCAAGCCUUAACCCUUUACUUUAUUUGGAGCAUGUAUCAUCCACGCAGUUAGGCAGGCAGGAGAGGGUCUGAGGGAGAUGACUAUGGGAUGGUUUGGAUCUGAGGCUCGUGUACAAUCAAGUUGUGGAUAGUUUUGAUCGGUGUGUUAGGUGUCUUAUAAACCAUUCUCUUUUCUUCGGUUCAUUUUACGCUCGAGUCUCUUGAUCUAACUGGUGUGGGGGGGGGUCCCUCCCUUCUUUCCUAUCCCUCCCUACCCUGUUAUUUAUCUUUCUCUCCCUCUCUCU